AUGAAGGUGCCUCACCUGUGGGACGAAGCCUUUGGUGCUCGGUCUCAUCCCAGCUCCUUCUAUGUGGAUUGUCGCCUGUAUCGCCCCACCUAUGAGGAGGCGGAGUAUAAUCGGCGCUCCCUAGGCGCGUUGGAAAUGUGCAGAGGUGUUGACCACCAGCCAUUGAUUUGUGAGGGUUGGCUUCCACCACGCUGCCUUCCGGAGCUGUUCUUCUCGGGCGCCUCGCGGAACGACGUCCAUGGGGUGCCUGAAACCCAUCGGCCAUGGGAGUUUUUCGAUCCGAUGGAUCCAAUGGAUCCAGGCUCCGUGCCUAUGGAUGUCAGGUCUGGUUUCUUGGAGGAUUCUAAAGAUCGCUGGCUGCACACCUCGCAAGAGGUAACCAGUGGAUUUCUGGAUGAUCCGAAGAAACUGCAGUGGCAGCCAAUGAUGCGGCACGAGAUGUAUGAGAAGCAGCUUGAGGAAGCAGCCGCACGGACGUUGCCGGAACCCGAUAGCGAGCCGGAGGUGUGUCCUGCUCCGGAACCGUCCAUGAAGUUGGAGCAGCUCUGGCAGAGCACCGUGGAGGCCUUGGAAUGCCGUGCCACCUGGCGCCAGCCGAGCGCUGGCGCUGGCGCUGGCGCUGCGGCCGCUGCGGGCGCUGCCGGCUUCGGGGUGCGCCAAGGGUACCUGGCGCUGUACGGAGUCUCCUCGGAACUGUUUCAGGUAGACGAUGCACGCGGGGUGGUGCGCUAUCGCCCACCCAGCUGCUUCCAGCACGGGGCCGUGGCGCCCUUGGAGCAACGCAUGCUGAGGGACUGGGCGGUUUCCUGCAGCAAAUGUCUGCGGCUGAAAGCAGUUUCCGAGAAGUUGCUGAAGAACUCCAGCCUCACCUCGCAAGCCCUGGGAGGUGUGCUGAAGGAGCUGCUGCAGUCUUUCUAUAGCGAUCUUUCCCUGCGCAUCAAGGGAUCGCCGUGCAGCUUCAUCAAACUGCACGUGGUUAGUGGGUCCUGGCUGCGGCGCCUGCAGCCUGUCUUUGUGCUGUGCCAUGUGGAGGACAUCGACCAAGAACUGGCCGCAAAGAUGGGAGCGUCGCCACCCUUGCCAAAGCUGCCGCAAGGGAUUGAAGCUCGGAAGGAGAAGUUGCUUCAUAGUUCAGAUGCAAAGAAUCUUGCAAAGACAUGUGACUUUCAACAACUUGAGGGACUUCAGGUCACAUUGUCAGUCGAAAAACAGUAUUCAUGGUCCAAGACAGCCUCUGGGUGCACCGAGGAUUUGUUGGAGCACAUCUUCCGCUUGUGCCGUGUGCACGAGGUCUCCAAUUGCCACUUCCAAGCAUGUCACCGCCAGCUCCCAGUGCAUUUGGUGCCUGCUGAUAUGAUUUUGCUGUGGAUCUUUCAGCGAAGUAUGCAGCCCUUCUUGGAUUGCGUGCUGACCUGGACCAUGGCUACGGAAAGCGCCAGCGAGAGCAUCCCAAAGGAGUUUGCCCGCAGCGAAGGUGGCAAGAGGAAGAUCCGAUUUCCAGGAUUCCUGAGCUCCGUGGAGUCUGACAUUCAGGAAAUGGCUCACAAGCUGUCUAUUCUCGGACUGCAGCUGACGCCUCCCAGCGGUCCCAGUGCGGUGCUUCCGCUCAAGCCGCGCGGUCCAGAGUUGCAGUCACAGUCUUUCCUGGGCACACAAGCUGCCAAGGAGGAGGAUGACUGGGUGUCCCAGCGCGGCGAGCGCUGCUUGGCGGUGCUUUGUGCUAUGCAGGAGGCCGUCGAAAUGGCCACGACUAGUGCCAUGGUGGAUGCAGCGAUAGACCCGGCGCUGGCUGGCCACACAGAGGUCCCUACCAUGCUGCCUGUACCGGCUGCGCCGUUGACCGCAGCGGCCGCAGUGCCGGUGCUCAGGAACGCUGAGAGCCUGCAGGAAACCAAGCGCAAGCAGGAUGAGUUGAGAAUGGCCCUGGAUGCUCAGGUUGUUGAGAACCGCGCCUUGAAGGCGGCUGCGAAGCAGUUGGACAUGGAGGAGGAAGCCAAAGAGCGCGCUCUGCUGGGAGAGCCCGAGGAUGAGAUGCUGCUGGGGGACCUCCGCCAGCAGCUUUUGGAGGAGCACCAGCUGCAGCAAAGGCGAGUGGAGGAGGAGUCGUUGCUGCUGCGCUGGAAGUUGGAACGCCUCAGCGUGGCCGAGAAGCUGCGACAGCUCUACGCCUUCGAGGCCCAGGCGCAGGCGCUGGAGCUACAGGGCUUUGAGGCCGCCCCCGAGGCUGUGGCGAGGGCGGCGCCACGGAGGAUUCCUGUGGAGGAGAUCCUUUCAUCCUGGGGUCCUGUGGUGAACCCUUUCGAGCCCGAGCAAAGAUCACGGGAAAGUGUGCCUGGAGAUAUCGCAGAUCAGGAUCCGCCCGAUCUACAAAUCCAUGCGGGUCAAGACGAUCCAUCCAUGGAUUUGGAUGAUUUGGACGACGAGAGCCAAGCGCAUACGGACCAUUUGAAGGAUCCGCAGCAGUUGGUGCAGCAGGUGCUGCGACAGAUCUACAGUUCCUGCGCGCAACGGCUGGCUGAAGCUGUUCAAGAACCUACUGCAAGCCCAGUUGUUGCAGCUGCCACACAGCGGCCUGUUCUGGGGCUGCCUCGAGGUUAUUCCUUGCAGAUCUCAAAGGAUGUGAUGUCGGUGAAACAUGCUGGCUCACGACCAAUCGAUGCUGCGCUGGAAUCCUGCUUACUCCGACCCUUGCGGCAGCAGUCGCAAUGGGUGGACCUGCAGGUGGUGCGGAAGGUCUUGGAUUUGCAGCUGCGGCGAAUUGAGAUGCUGCGGCGCUACAUGCUGAUGGGCGAAAGCCGUUUGCUGGAACCCUUCCUGACGGAGGCCAUGAUGACCUACGCAGCGCCCAAGCCGUCGGAGGACGAUUUCCAGCCUGGUAGUUUUGCUGCAGCCAUGGCAGAGACAUUCGCCUUCAAUGCUGACAUCCAGCAGUUGAUGAGUCUCAUCCUUAAUUGUUUGAUUAUUAACACUUUCUAUUCCAACAAGGAGAUCUUUUUGCGCGAGUUGAUCUCCAACGCCUCGGACGCCUUGGACAAGAUCCGUUACGAGUCCAUCACCGACCCAGACAAGAUCGAGGCCCAGCCCAACUUCUUCAUCAAGAUCAUCCCCGACAAGACAAACUCCACCUUGACCAUCGAGGAUUCUGGCAUUGGCAUGACCAAGAACGAACUGAUCAACAACCUGGGCACCAUCGCAAAGUCAGGAACUAAGGCGUUCAUGGAAGCGAUGGCCGCGGGAGGUGACAUUAGCAUGAUUGGUCAGUUCGGCGUCGGCUUCUACAGCGCCUACCUGGUCUCGGACAAGGUGCGAGUGAUCAGCAAGCACAACGACGACGAACAGUACAUCUGGGAGAGUGGUGCCGGUGGGUCGUUCACGGUCCAGAAGGACACCGAACUCGUGCACGGCGAGAUCAAGCGCGGCACCAAAAUAAUUUGCUAUCUCAAGGAGGAUCAGUCCGAGUUCCUUGAGGAGCGCCGCCUGAAGGAUUUGGUCAAGAAACACUCCGAGUUCAUCGGCUUCCCCAUUGAGCUCUACGUGGAGAAGAGCAAGGAGAAGGAAGUCACGGACAGUGAAGAUGAGGGUGAGGCUGAAGAGAAAAAGGAGGAAGGUGAUGAGCCAAAGAUUGAAGAGGUCGACGAGGAGAAAGAGAAGGAAGAGAAGAAAAAAAAGACCAAAAAGGUCAAGGAAGUGUCCCACGAAUGGGAACAACUCAACAAGAACAAGCCUUUGUGGAUGCGCAAGUCUGAGGACGUGACAAAUGAAGAGUACGCUAGCUUCUACAAGUCCUUGUCCAACGACUGGGAGGACCACCUCGCGGUGAAGCAUUUCAGCGUGGAGGGUCAGCUUGAGUUCCGUGCCCUGCUUUUUGUCCCUCGCAGGGCGCCCUUUGAUCUCUUCGAGACCAAGAAGAAGAGGAACAACAUCAAGCUGUAUGUCCGCCGCGUCUUCAUCAUGGAUGACUGCGAGGAGCUCAUGCCAGAAUGGCUGAACUUUGUGAAGGGCGUCGUGGAUUCUGAGGAUCUUCCUCUGAACAUCUCUCGCGAGACCUUGCAACAGAACAAGAUCUUGCGAGUGAUCAAGAAGAACCUUGUGAAGAAGUGCCUGGAGAUGUUCGCGGAGAUUGCAGAGAAGAAGGAUGAUUACAAGAAGUUCUACGAGGCAUUCGGCAAGUGCUUGAAGCUCGGGGUGCAUGAAGACUCCACCAACCGCACCAAGAUUGCAGAGCUCCUGCGCUUCCACACCUCCAAGUCUGGUGAUGAGCAGAUCAGCCUCAAGGAGUACGUGGAUCGCAUGAAGGAAGGACAGAACGACAUCUUCUACAUCACCGGCGAGAGUGUUGCUGCCGUCUCUUCCUCGCCAUUCUUGGAGACCCUCCGCAAGAAGGGCAUCGAGGUUCUGUACAUGGUUGACCCCAUCGAUGAGUACGCAACGCAGCAGCUGAAGGAGUUCGAUGGCAAGAAGCUCAAGAGCACCACCAAGGAGGGUCUUGACAUCGAUGAUGAGGAUAAGAAGAAGAUUGAGGAGCUGAAAGCUGAGUUUGAGCCACUCACUAAGCUCAUGAAGGAGGUUCUUGGCGACAAGGUGGAGAAGGUCCUUGUGAGCUCCCGCAUGGCAGACUCUCCAUGUGUCUUGACCACCUCCGAGUACGGCUGGUCUGCCAACAUGGAGCGCAUCAUGAAAGCGCAAGCCCUUCGCGACAACUCCAUGACUUCUUACAUGGUUUCCAAGAAGACCAUGGAAGUGAACCCAAAGCACUCCAUCAUGGUUGAGCUCAAGAAGAAGGCAGCUGCUGACAAAUCGGACAAGACCGUGAAGGAUUUGAUUUGGCUGCUCUUCGACACUUCGCUUCUCACAUCUGGUUUCAAUUUGGAUGAACCCACCCAAUUCGCUGGCCGCAUCCAUCGCAUGAUCAAACUUGGCUUGAGCAUUGACGAUGAUGAUGAGGGACUUGGAGAUGAUGACGACCUGCCUCCACUUGAGGAAGUGGAAGGGGCUGCUGAUGAGGCCUCCAAGAUGGAGGCCUCCGAUGUGCGGCUGGCCGAAGAAGCGCUGAACCUUCUCUUCCAGUCCAUGGUUCCGCGACCCACGGAGCCAUCGGACGACCACUUCCUCAGUGCAGUGACUUUGCAUCUGGCGACGGUGCCGGGGCCGAUAGGCCAUGGUCCCGUCCGGCUCCUGGAUGGAAUCAGGUUCAGUCUGAAGCUGGACUUCCCCAUGAAUCUCUUCUUUCCGGAGCGCAUCAUGUUGCAAUACUCCAGGCCAGGAAGUGGCUUCAGUGGGAUGGCAUGGAGCCGUACUUGCGUGAGUGUGUUUUUCAAGGGCCUGGGAGUGAUCACUAUAAGGGUGAGGAGCCAGGCCACACAGCUUGAGAUCGAAGGGCAGCUCUUGCUACACCUGGAGAUGAGAGGGUAUCGCUCAGAGCAGGAUAUGACCGUGCAGCUCAACUACAUCAAUGACGGUUUGAUCACCUCUUUGCGAGAGGAGCUGUUCAUCCCUGCCGUGGUGGUGACGAUCUUCCAGGGCUGGCGGGUCAUUGCCGUGAGCUUUGAGGUCGGUGGCAGGAUCUAUGCCUGCAGUGAGAAAGGGGUGGUCGUCGCUCUCGACUUUCCCUUAUGCCAUUUCGAGGUGAGGAUGACGGCUCUGUCAUCUGCUGACUCAGUGGGGGUGGAUGCCGAUCGGCUGGAGUUCCGCUUCAGAUCGGCUGGUGAUAGUGUGGAUGUGACUUGCUCACAGAUCACUGUCCCCCCGACUUGGCUCAUCCUAUCGAGGGUCUCGGGGCCUACUUUGAUCCAGAACGCUCGGUGGUGUCGGGACCGCCAUGCGCGAGUUGAAGGGCCUGAUCAGACCAUGCAAAUGUCACAGCUUGCAGGCAUUCACGCUCACUGGACGGCUGCAACUGAGGCUCUGACAGUUGCUGACACAGGACCUCGUGUGGGUGCGGUCGCAGUGGACACUCACCAGAACAACCUGCACCUGACAUGUGAAGCUCCGCUCUUCCAGGCGCAGAAGGUCAUCGUGCCGGCUGAAGCGAUCGCCCUGCAGUUCCACGACCCGGAGUCUGAGGAGAGAGCUCUGGUGGUGCCACCUGUCAUGGAUGGGCCGAUGGCAAUCCCAGCUGCUCAGGCGCCGGGAUCAUUGAGGGCGUUGGCUGGCCCAGCAGCGGCUCCGUUGCAAGCUGCACCACCAGUGGAGGCCGUGAUCUCAGUGACGGAGGCGGGCCACGCUCCCAAGGCAGCAGCUCCAGGUGACAAGACGGUGCACGUUCAUCGUCGGUCGCUAGAGGCUCGGCAGAGUGAGUCGUUGGCUGAUGCUGCCGUGACGCCCCAAGCCUUCCUUGAUCAGGUUGGCUUGGUCAAGCAGGUGGUGUCAGGCGGUGGUUCAACAUCAUCAGCCCCUCGUUCGUACGGACCACCUCCGGUGAUCGAGGAAGUUACGGCGACGCCCUCAGUCAUUCUUUUGGGGGCUAUCCAUGGCUCUCCUUUCUCAAAUUUGGCGUUCGUCGCCGCGAUGGAGGUGGGAUCAGCUCAUGAGUUUGUGUCAAAGGUUGGCGACUGGGCUCCGCAAUUAGAUGAGUCGAUCAGAGACGACUUGCUGAGCUCUACAUUUAUGUUGGAGCAGUUCUGGUCGUUAGCGUGCUCAGUUGAAAAGGCCUUUUUCGAGUCCACAGCCAACCAGUUAGGGUUUGGCUUGUGUGAAGCUCCGGCACCCCCUAUCAGCGCUGUGUCAGCCAAAGCUCGUAGGGCGGGGGCCAUCAAGGCUCUUUCGGGAAAGACAGUGAAUCCCCCGAGAAAGUUCUUGAAAACUAGUCCUGAGCCGCAGUCUGCAACGCCUUUGCUCAAAACGCCGCUCGGUGGAAGUGGGCCGCGCGACUGGAGGAGAUCGGGCGAAAGGACCUCUGUUAAAUGGGUUACCGCUAAGCUGGCUAUUGAGUGCCCUGACAUUGAUCAUCAAGGGCUGCUGGCAAUUCAGGCCGAGGUGAUCAGCAAGCGCGCUCGGACCCUGAAAGAAGCGGUGCCCAUUCCAACGACAGUGGUUCGUGCAAUGGAGCUCUUGGUGGUGGAUGAAGGGGAGCCUGAGGCUACUCGCCUGUUCACAUGGUGGUGGCUGUGCAUGGUCUUCGCUUCUUUGAGGUUCGACGACGCUAUGCAUGUGCGCCCAGAUGAGCUCAUCCUGAAUGAAGAGGGCAUGUUCGGAGUUGCCUGGCAGACCAAAGUGGAGCGCAAGAGGCGUGGCACCAAGUUCGUCGUGCCGCAUGUCGGGUUCUCGGGGUCUGACUGGCUUCGUGCUGGCUGGCAGCUCCUUCAGAAUGAGCAUUCUGCGCUCGCUAGAGACUAUUGGAUGCGGGACCUCAAUUCUCGUGAGGCGUUUCGCAACGGCCCAGCUCAAUACCAGAGAUCAGUGCAGUGGCUCCGGUUUUUCGGCCGCUAUGCACUCAACCAUUACCACCAAGGGGAGGAGGUCGAGUUCAAAGAGCUGGCGGCGGUCGUGAACACCCUGACAGCUCACUCUGCUCGCGUCACAAUGCUCGACGCAGCGGUGCAUGCAGGCCGUAGCACGGAGGAGAUCGGCCUCCAAGCCAACUGGAAGAACCCUGGGCCGCUUGUGCUCAAAUACACCCGCAAUCGGUCGGCUAUCCCAGCCAAGAUGGUCCAGCAGCUGGUCAAGGACAUGCUCACUCAAGAGCACCCGGUUGAGGUCUCGGACGAUACAGAGCUCGAUGCAGUGGAUCAGUCCGCCCUUGACCAGUUUCAGUUCUACGUCAAGACCAACUGCUCAGCCGCGGCUUAUGACUGUCGAUACCAUUGUGCAGCUCUGGGAGAGGAGGAGGCACUAGCUUGUGGGCGGCUGAAGCUCGUCGACUGCACCCAUGUGGGGUCGUGCCUCCCCGACAUUGCCAUGCUCUGCAAACAUUGUGCCCGAGUGCGGCCAGAGAUCGCAGAGUCCUUUGCCCAGAGCGCGUAG